UGUGCUGCAUUGCCUCUGUUGUGCAACUUUACCGUGCAAGUUAAAAGUUGUUUUUCGAAUCCAAUUUUAUACUCACAAAGUCGUCGAUGUUAAUAGGUAUGAAUUGUUGUAAUUCUAACACUCAAGUUUUUUUCAUAGAAUAAAUUAUACGAAUUCACAUUUUUAUUGAACACAAGCUUUGAUAACAUUCGUUAAUUAAUAGCGAUUGGUGUCUGCCGUUUACAAAAAGUCCUGCACAGAAAGCAAGCUGGUAUAUUCAACUUGCUAUGGCUGACAGUGAUCAGAUGCCAAAAGUUGAUUUCAUGAAAGACGGUGAAAUCGAUAAAAGAUUACUGCAACAAAUAAAAUUUGUUGAACGCCAAAAUCUGAUCCGUGCUACUAGGUUGAAUCGUAUGCGUAGAAACGCUCGUUAUACAGGUUUAUUAUUGGGCGGUAUUACAUUGAGCAUUUACGGAUAUUCUAUUUAUUCAAUAAAACAGGAAACAUUCUUGGAUGAUUUUGAAGAACCUGCAGUAACUGUUAAACAAUAAUAAAUUAUAUACUCUCAUUAUGUCAGUAAG